AGGAAGUCGCAGCCAGCGGGCAAAUCACAAAGCACCAUCAAACAUCCAACGGUUAUUUUAAACACUUCAUCUGCUUUCACUCACAAAUACACUAUGGCAUAUCAGCUUUACAGAAAUACGACUCUCGGAAACAGUCUACAGGAGAGUCUUGAUGAACUUAUUCAGACUCAACAGAUCACUCCACAGUUAGCCCUCCAAGUACUAUUACAGUUUGAUAAAGCCAUCAACACCGCAUUAGCCAACCGGGUCCGCAACAGGGUAAAUUUUAGGGGGUCGCUUAAUACUUACAGGUUCUGUGAUAAUGUUUGGACGUUUGUUUUAAAUGAUGUUGAGUUCCGGGAGGUGACUGAAUUGGUCAAGGUGGACAAAGUCAAAAUUGUAGCAUGUGAUGGCAAAAACACUGGUUCUAAUGCAGAGUAAGAACAAAGGAGAGGAGAGAAAGAGAGAUGAAUCACUGGCUGAUGGGGAGGAUGAAGAGUGUUAAAAACAAGGCACACAGCAGCUGGGACUGUGUUUAUAUUAUUUAUUACAAGAAACAGUUCUUCAGCCUUCAUACAACAAUCUGCUCAGUGGAGGACUGACAAAAGUAUGGAGCACACAAGGCUUUGGAUGUCACGUAGAAUUUUUAUUUUUUAUAUAUAUAUAUAUAUAAAUGUAUAUAAUUUUCAUAGAAAUGCCAAUGCUUAUCAGUUUGUUACAAUUUAACCUAUUCUCUAAUAAACUUGUUUUAAAGGUUACCGGUUUCUCUUUAAAUGGACUGUUGUGGCAGGUUGUUUUUAAUGGGCUUUUGCCAUCAUGUGGUAGAGAUAUAACAGGAAACAAAAAUACCAUUGAAUGUAUUCAAAAACACCAAAUUAAGAUUAAAUAUAAAAAAACUAAAAUAAUGCUCAAUCUUGAAGUGUUUCUGAACUGUAAAUCAAGCAGUAAUAGAGUGGUUUUACUAUAUUUCAAAUGAAAUAAUCUCUUGAUUAUGCAUAAAUGUGUGUGUGCAUAAUAUAUUUUUUUUUAUUUGACAAUCUCCCUGAAUUGGAGAGACUUGUGUUUAAGAUUGCAAUGAAGACCGGUCUCAUUAUUUGAGUCAAAGGAGAGUGCCAGGAUACCAUAUUCAAUAUUAACAUCAGUUCUUGUAAUGGUAUAAAGAAAAUCAAUAUUUGAGGUCACCUUAUCUUGGCAUAUGAGUAAUUGUGCCACACUGCUUUACUUGGUAUGUGAAUCAAGAUGACUAUAGGCGUUACAGGAACACGUCUGUUCAGUUAUUUCUGAUUUGAUUCUCCCUUUUUCUUUAUUGACAUUAAACUUGGG